AUGGCUAAAACAAACCACGCAUCAGAUAUUGAAGAACUCCAUUUCGUGAUUAAUAAAAUUAAAAAUGAAGAAUCGCAAUCGAUGCAAAAGCCUUUGGGAAUACGGAAAACUGCUGUCUUUAGACAGUUCCUCAUUGUUUUUAUAGCCAAUCUAAGCAGUUUAGCGCCUGCCAUGAGUUUGGCUUAUCCAUCAGUGAGCCUUCAUCAACUUCAAUCCAAGGAAGAGAAAUUUCACUUGAAUGAAAGUGAGGCUUCUUGGUUCGCAUCCAUCAACUCAAUCACCUGUCCAGUAGGAGGACUACUUUGUGGUUAUCUUCUCGACAAAAUGGGUCGAAAACGUACGAUUUUCUUUAUCAGCUUCUUAUCCAUUGUGUCAUGGGGCCUAAUGGGCAGCUCUUACUACACAAAUUGGACCACGCAAUACGCUCAAAUGAUGGUUGCUCGAGUCAUAAUUGGUAUAGCUUCGGGUAUGUCAAGCUCAGCAGUAAGUGUCUAUUCGGCCGAGAUAUGUCAUCAGAACUUUCGUGGACGUCUCACCCUCGGUUCAUCGGCUUCGACUGCAAUUGGUAUAUUUGCAAUGUUCGCUCUUGGAUACUUUAUAAAGGAAGACUGGCGAUUGAAAGCUCAAAUAGCAUGUGGUAUUUCGGUUUUCACAUUUGCCAUAACUUUUCUAAUACCCGAAUCACCAACAUGGUUGAUGGUCAAAAACCGUAUGGAGGAAUCAAAGAAAUCACUUCAGUUCUUUAGAGGUCUUAGGAGUAAAGACAUCCUUAUUCUUCUUCUCUUCUUUGAUUUAAUUUCAGAUCCACCUUUUUCAAAGGAGCUCGAUCAGGAAUUCAGCCAUCUUCAGAAUUCUCUAGCCCUGGCCGAAGGCGAAGAAGCACCUCAUUUCCUGGAAGCUAUCCAGGCACCUGAGGUUUACAAACCUCUCCUCAUAAUGAUUGGAUUCUUUGCAUUCCAGCAGUUCACCGGGAUUUUUGUUGUUGUCGUCUACGCUGUUCAAAUUGCCUCUAAAGCAAACGUAAUAAUUGACGCCUUCCUCUGCGCCAUGCUGAUGGCAUUUAUCCGUGUGCCAACAACCUUUGCAGUUGGCCUUGUACUGGAUCGUUGGGGACGUCGACCACCCGCAAUCUUUUCAGCCUUCGGCAUGGGUUUGUCUAUGUUCAUAUUGGCAGGAUGCAUUUGGUUUCCAGAAUUGAGUACCACAGCACCACAUCUAUCGCUGAUAUGCAUUUGCAUGUACAUUUUUACAAGUACCAUCGGUCUUCUGACACUUCCAUUUUCGAUGAUUGGGGAAGUGUUUCCGCAGCGGAUGCGAGGCACAGCAGCGGGGAUAACAAUAAGUUGCAACUAUGUGUUGUCGUUUUUAUGUGUCAAGCUAUUCCCGGAUAUGGUCAAUUUGAUGGGAGUUGGAAAUUUAUUUGCUUUCUAUGGGACAGCUGCCUUUUUGGCUAUCGUAUACAUUUAUGUGUUCUUGCCGGAAACAAAGGGAAAGACUUUGUUUGAGAUAUCAGAAGAGUUCAAAGGAUCAAGGAGGCAAAAUAGAGUUGCUUUGAUGAAUAUGUAAAUAAAGUAGCUGGACACUGUCAGUAUACAUUGUCAGGAAUUACUAGUUUAGCGAUUUUUGUGUGAAUUUUUAGUUUUA